AUUGCGAUGAACAACUUUCAGCGGCUAUUGGACUCGGCCCGGGAGGACGUGGCGCGAGGUACCAAGCCCGUCGCGCGGCGCCCGCGGACCCCGGACGUCAUCGAGAAGGUGUUAAUGUACCUCUUGGAGCUCGACGAAGAUGGCUUUGGUGAUUUGUUUGCGUUUGAGCAGCGCGUAAUCCCUUUCUUUGAAGGCAGCGCCACCGAGUACCGCCUCGAGUGCACGCAGGCUCACGACGAGUUCCAAGCACUCGUCGAAACCAAGCUCGAGCGCUUCUUGACCAAAGAGGGCUGGACGCCCACCGAGUUUUACGACCACCUCCGCGCCGAGCUCAGCACGAUGGACUCGCUUCGGAGCGAGCACGAGCACGCGGAAGACCUCGUGCGCAUGAUCCACGACGCGUUCGACUUUGACUCGUGGGCGCAGAGCAUGCGCUGGAGUGCGAACGGGCUCGCGCGCUUUGACCGUAAAUAA